AUGUUCAUCUUGACUACCAUCUCCGAUCUGAUUCAGAUCUCGCCCGAGGACUUUUCCAAGUUCAGUGCGGUGGCCAUUGAAGAUAAUAUUAAUGAGAAGUAUGCCAACAAGGUGAUCCAAAAGAUCGGCCUUUGCAUCAGCUUCUAUGACCUCCUGGAAUCCUCGGAUGGCCUGAUUGGCCAUGGGACAGGUCUUGUCAACGUCAAUGUGAAAUUCCGCAUGAUCGUCUUCCGGCCCUUCAAGGGCGAGAUUAUGCUUGGAAAAAUCUCUAGUGGCACUGAGAAUGGCAUCAAGAUCAGUGUCGAGUUUUUCAACGAUAUCCUCAUUCCGCCGCCCAUGCUGAUGGACGGUGCCAAAUUCGAUUAUGCGGACCAGGUCUGGACCUGGGAUAAUGACGGCACCAUGUUCUAUCUCGACGUGGGUGAGAUUGUCCGCUUCCGCGUGGAGACAGAAGAGUGGCAUGACCAGAUCCCCAAUGCGCCGGAUCUUGGGGAGGAGACUGUCGUAGAACGAAAGCCUGCAUACUCGAUCUUUGGCUCUAUGCAAAUCCAUGGUCUCGGACCCAUUACUUGGUGGUGA